CCCCCGCAAAGCUAAGGGGUUGUUCGGUGAUGGAGGGGGCGGUCAUGGGACCGGUUUGAGGCUCCCCAAAUCGCCGGAGGGGCGGCAGCAGCAGCCUGGGGAAGCUCUGGGAUUGGGGAUAUGGACCCCAACGCUCCCCGCCCUAAAAAAAACCCCAAAAACUCCCCAAAAUGGGGGCUCGGGGCUUCUCCUGAGGGAAUUCCCUUCUCCCUCUGCAGCACUUUGAGCGGAGGAGCCGGAACGCGCAGCUGAGGCAGGAAAGUUUUCCCUUGGCGGAAGGAGCACAGCCCGGGCCAUGUUCUCCAAGAAGAAGAAGCGCGUGGAGAUCUCGGCGCCGUCCAACUUCGAGCACCGGGUGCACACGGGCUACGACCCCUCGGAGCAGCGCUUCACGGGGCUGCCCCGCCAGUGGCAGGGGCUGCUCGAGGAGUCCGCCCGGCGCCCCAAGCCCCUCGUGGACCCCGCCUGCAUCACCGCCAUCCGCGGGGCCCACAAGCCCAUUGUGCGCGGCUCCAAAGGGCCCCAGGAUGGGACCCCCGGCGGCCGUGACCGGACCCUGGCGUGGCUCCUGGACGAGCUGGCGGCCGUGUCCGUGUCCCGCUCCAACUCCCUGCGCCGGGACAGCCCCCCCUGCCCCUCCCCGGAGAACGGCCUGGCCCCGGGCCCGCCCCCCCAGCCCCGCCCGGGCCCCGCCCAGCCCCGGCCGGACGCCCCGGCCCGCCCCCACCCCGCCCCCGGGGGCCGCCCCAAGUCCAGCUCGGCCGGGGAGGGGCCCCCGCGGCCCCCGGCCCGCGAGCAGCGCCCGCUCUCGGGGCCCGACCUGCGGCCCCCCGACGGCCCCGGCGCCCCCCGCGAGGGGCUGAAGACGGCGCCAGGACGCCCCUUCCACACCUACCCCCGAGCUGACACCGACCCCGGCCCGGGGGGCAGCGCCCAGGCCGAUCACCCCGCAGGACGCCCUCAGGAGGUGCCCCCCAACGGGCCGCUCCCCACCUCGGGAGGAGCCCCCCAAGCCCCCAAAGCCCCGGAGCCUCCUCCUCCUCCUCCUCCUCCCCCGGCGCCCCCGGAGCCCCCGGCCCCGCGCGGGCCUGGCCCCGCCGUGCCCCAGCGCGUGUCCCACGAGCAGUUCCGGGCGGCGCUGCAGAUGGUGGUGGACCCCGGGGACCCCCGCUCCUACCUGGACAACUUCAUCAAGAUCGGCGAGGGCUCCACGGGCGUGGUGUGCAUCGCCACCGUGCGCGGCUCCGGGCAGCUCGUGGCCGUCAAGAAGAUGGACCUGCGCAAGCAGCAGAGGAGGGAGCUGCUCUUCAACGAGGUGGUGAUCAUGAGGGACCACCAGCACGAGAACGUGGUGCAGAUGUACAACAGUUACCUGGUGGGCGACGAGCUCUGGGUGGUGAUGGAGUUCCUGGAGGGCGGCGCCCUGACCGACAUCGUCACCCACACCAGGAUGUCAGAGGAGCAGAUCGCCGCCGUGUGCCGCUCGGUGCUGCGCGCGCUCGCCGUGCUCCACGCCCAGGGCGUCAUCCACCGCGACAUCAAGAGCGACUCGAUCCUCCUCACACACGACGGGCGGGUGAAACUCUCGGAUUUUGGGUUCUGUGCCCAAGUGAACAAGGACGUGCCGCGGCGCAAGUCCCUGGUGGGGACCCCCUACUGGAUGGCCCCCGAGCUCAUCUCCCGCCUGCCCUACGGCCCAGAGGUGGACAUCUGGUCCCUGGGGGUGAUGGUCAUCGAGAUGGUGGACGGGGAACCCCCCUACUUCAACGAGCCCCCCCUCAAAGCCAUGAAGCUGAUCCGGGACAACCUCCCCCCCCGGCUCAAGAACGGCCACAAGGUGUCCCCAUCCCUGAAGGGGUUCCUGGAGCGGAUGCUGGUGCGGGACCCGGCGCAGCGAGCGAGCGCCCCGGAGCUGCUCCGGCACCCCUUCCUGGGCGUGGCCGGGCCCCCCGCCUGCAUCGUGCCCCUCAUGCGGCAGCACCGGCUGCGCUGAGAGACCCCCGCGCCGGGGAGGGACCCUCGGACUGGGGGAGAGACCCCCAGACCCCCAAACCGGGGGGAGAG